AUGGCCACAGCGCCCCUCGUCCUCUGGCUGCUGACGGGACUCGGGGGGCUUUCUCUGACCCCUGCGGCCGCAGUCAGCCUCGUGGCGGGCCGGGUGGGUCAGCCGGUCACCCUGCCCUGCCUCUACUCCUCCUGGUCCCAGAGCCGCAACAGCAUGUGCUGGGGGAAAGGCCCCUGCCCCAAGUCCAAGUGCUCCCAGGAGCUCCUCCACACGGACGGGGCCAGGGUGCUCUCCAGGUCGUCGGCCAAGUACGCGCUCCUGGGGGACAUCGAGCGGGGCCAGGUCUCCCUGACCAUCAGCCACGCCGAGCCCGAGGACGGCGGCGAGUACUGCUGCCGCAUCGAGGUGCCCGGCUGGUUCAACGACGUGAAGAGAAACAUCCGCCUGCUGCUCCACAGACCCCUGAAACCCAAGGUGCCAACGACAACCACCAGCCCGACCACCACCGCCACCACCACCAGUCAGGAACGUCUCUCCCGCCCGCCACCAACUCCUCCGGAGGCCCGGAGGCCUUUCCAGAAGACUCUGCCAUGCCCACCUCUAAAGGUGGGUCCCGCGGGCUCCUUCCACGCCUCUCAGGCCGGGGAGUGA